CUUAAAUCUUGAUUUGUAGAAACAGUCACAAUGCUAAAAACAAUAAAUGCUAUUUCUGAACACAAAAUGAGAAUAUUGGCUCUACACUUCAUGGAAUUUUCACCUGAAAAAUCAAUGGAAGAAUAGAGAGGGAGGGCAAGAAGGACAGAACUUUUGCGGCUUCGCUGCUUGUCUCGGCGCGAGGUGACUGUUACAACCCCUUCUCAUCACCCCCUACCCCCUACCCCAUCAACCCUAUGAUAGUGCGCAAUUCACGCAGCUCGCCUCAAACAAGUCACAGUCCACAUAACUCAACUGUCACCUAUAAUACAAUUCUCAGCAGAUUAUUCUUGUUCGCUCUCUCUUUGCACUACUUGUUUCUUGAAUUUGCGCGCUCGAUCAAAAUUCGCAAAAAGAUAAACUCAGUUUCUCAUGUUUAUUGAAAAGUGCAUUGAUGAAAUGUAGGACAUCAAAUUGACGUAGUUGUUUCAAAACUCAGUGUCUUGUCGACAACCUUUUUUUUAAAGAUUUGAAGUUUGUACUUGAAUAAUAUAAUAACUAAUCUAAAUGAAUAAUCGAUCUGUGAAAUAUUUUUGCAAAACACAGUAGCAACCGUCUACAAACCUUUUUAAAAUAGAUGUGGAGUUUGUAUUUUGUAAAUGAAUAAUCUAUUUGUGAAUAAUUUUUGCAAAAAUCUCAUUUGGUGUUGAAUUAGUUUACUUCAACCAUAGAAACUUUGACAAGAGUAUCUACAUACCAUAAGUUGAUUAUACCAUUCAUGAUUUACUUUUAGUGUUAACUGCUAUCGGUUAUAAUUUAUAGGACAUUCAAGUGUCCUGUGGUAGAAAUAGAACUUGGUGGUAUUACUGUUUAAAUUUUUAUCACUAUUUGUUCAGUGUAAGUUACUCGUUGAACUUAUUCAUUUGAAUUUGACAAAUUUGCUAAUAAUUAUUCAUUUAUUUUAAAAAUUAAAUGAACUAGACCUAUAUCAACAUUCACACCCAACAAUUAUUAAAAGUAGUAGAUCACUCAAUAAUCACUAAUUUGGGGUUGGUUGCUUAUUGACGUUCGAUUGUUUGAAAUGUGGACCACAAGAAGAGAUUAUUCCACCAAAAAUAUUUCUUCUAAAACUUGAGUAGCCGAAAGCUGUCUUGUAAUUUCUGAUGGCUCAAGUGAUCUCACUCUAAGGAGAGAAUAUUAACCGUGAUACGGUAUUGAUUAUUUUGUUUUAUUCGAUUCUGUUAUUUAUAAAAAUGUCGAGUAUGAAAUAAAUAGAAAAUGGAUAUAAAGCAAUUCAUCGACAUAUCGGAACUGCGAAGUGCGAGUGGCAGUAGUUCUGGCAGCGCAUCUUACUCGAUUAGUGGACUUUUGUCAGCAAAUUCUCCGACGGAUCCUCUCGUCUCUGGCAUUCUCGGGUCUCCCUCGUUGCUGGCUCCCUUCUCUCCUGUAAGCAAAUACAAUGAUUAUGGAGAUGUGGCUGACACCCAGCCCCCUACUGAAAGUAUUGACCCUUCCAGUUCUUUCGAUUCAACACCGAGCUCUUCACAUUCCGGCAAAAGGAAACAACGUCGAUACAGGACAACAUUCAGCAAUUUUCAACUGGAAGAACUGGAGAGAGCUUUCCAUAAAACACAUUAUCCGGAUGUUUUCUUCAGGGAGGAGUUAGCCUUAAGAAUUGAUCUCACAGAAGCUAGAGUUCAGGUGUGGUUUCAAAAUAGAAGAGCAAAGUGGAGGAAGCAUGAGAAGAUGUUGGCCAAACAGCACCAGCAAUCCAGUAUGAGUACUCAGCAACUGCCGUUGAGCAGCCCUCAGCCUCUGGGCAUUGUCAGCCUCCCAGUAUGCUCGAGUCCAAGUUUAAGUGAUAACGCAAGCUCAAAUAUAUCCUUAGGCCCCAGUCCCCUCGGAUCCUUCAGCCCAGGCACAUCCAAUAGCCUUUUCCUGGGAAUGGACUGGACCGGGUUCACAUCCUAUCACUUGCCUUCGGUCGGCAAGUCGCAGACAGACAUCGACCCCGAUCUGCUGAGGCUGAAGCCAGUCAAAGACUUGUCUGACGGACAAAUCGACUGCUCUCAGACAUCCGAUGUGCUCAUCUCUCAAACAUCUCCUAUAUGAUGGUGAAUUUAGGAUUCAAUAUCGAAAAUAAUUAUUGUUGAACAAACGCGUUUCUAGAACCUGAUAUUUCAAAAAAACUAGUUUUCGUAUUCUGUAUUACCAAAUAUCAAUAUUGAUCUAGUCACAUAAUAAUGAUUAUGUUGCAACAUUCGAACACCUGAGGAAAGAUUUUUUUCUCCUUCUACAAGCAGACGUCUGUAUGUUGCUGAGUGCGUUUUCUUACAUUUUAAAGCUGGGAAUUUUUCUGAGCUACAAAAAAAAUAUUGGUAUACGUAUUUAUGGAAUAGGUACAUCUAUCAAUUUAUUAUUGAACUACCUACUAAUUUAUUAUAAUUAGAAAUAGACUAUUAAUGAUUCAAGAUGUGUCAAUUCUUCAUGAAUUUAAUUUUAAUUGGAGUAAGGUGAUGAAAACUUUGUAAUGUUAUUGAACAAUUAAUUUAUCAUAAUUAGUGCCAGAGGAUAGAGUUGUUGAUAUUUGAAUGUAAGACUGUAUUAUUAGUUAUGAAAUUCUAAUAAGAAAUGUUAUCUUAUAAGCUCUUUAUUACUACUUCUUUACAAGUAGUUGAAUGAAAAUCGUAUUAUUAUGACACAUAUAUUUCAAAUUAUUAUGUAUAUUCUAUUUGUUGGGAGUAGGAACUAGUGCUUCAGAAACAUACCUACAAGCGUAUUUGUUGAAUCUGUUAUGCAAUUCUGUAUAGAUUGUGGAAAUUAUAAGAUAGAAAUAAAAGAAGUGAUUCGGAAUUUUU